AUGGUGCGACCGACCACUGACGACGACACGGGGUUGAAAGUGCUGCGGGAGCCGACGUCGAGCCCGGAUGCCGAGAAUGGAGAGAAGAUCAUCGACGUUGUCGCCGUCCACGGCCUCGGCGCGCACCCGGACGACACCUGGACCCAGAAACGCGGCGAUGGCGAUGAGGCGCGCUGGGUCAACUGGCUCGAAGAGAAGGACAUGCUUCCAGAGGUGGUGCUAAACGCACGCAUCAUGCGGUACGGAUACAAAUCGGGCUGGUUUGGAGUAGAUGCGAUCAAGCAGUCGGCUCGAACGACUGCGGAGCGGUUUCUAACCGCCCUGAGACGAGAGCGAAAGGGCUGUACCGAUCGACCGUUGAUAUUCAUUGCGCACAGUUUCGGCGGGCUCGUUGUACUCAAGGCAGUAUGCGAUACUUACUAUGACCGUAAGGAGUGGUCCGGCAUGUUCGAUGCGGUCCGAGGGAUGGUGUUCUUCGGCACGCCGUUCCGCGGGGCCGAUGGCAUGAGCCAGAGCGAAAUGGUGCAGGCGGCAGCACGAGAGUAUACGGCAGAAGAUAUUGAGUAG